GUUGGUGUGCGGUGAAAAUAAAGGUGAGAGGUCAAAAUCCAACUAAGCGGUUUCAGCAAAUCGAGAUGACAACAUUACGAGGUUUUAAUUGCGACGAUCUAUUCAAAUUCAACAAUAUAAAUUUGGACCCUCUGACAGAGACUUAUGGAAUUCCCUUUUAUUUGCAGUAUCUGGCACACUGGCCAGAGUAUUUCGUCGUGGCAGAAGCUCCAGGUGGAGAGCUGAUGGGAUACAUCAUGGGGAAGGCUGAGGGCUCUGUUGCACGUGAAGAGUGGCACGGGCAUGUCACAGCUCUGUCGGUGGCUCCUGAGUUCAGACGCCUGGGUCUAGCUGCCAAGCUCAUGGAAAUGCUGGAAGAGAUAUCAGAAAGGAAAGGAGGAUUCUUUGUAGAUCUCUUUGUCCGGGUCUCCAAUCAAGUUGCUGUAAACAUGUAUAAACAGCUGGGCUACAGCGUCUACAGAACUGUGAUAGAAUAUUAUUCUGCAAGCAAUGGAGAACCAGAUGAAGAUGCCUAUGAUAUGCGGAAAGCAUUGUCCAGAGACACAGAGAAGAAGUCCAUAAUUCCACUGCCUCACCCUGUCAGGCCUGAGGAUAUAGAAUAACACUUAACAGUGACUCUUUGACUAUCUGUACCCCAUAUUGGGAAUAAAGAGCUGUUGGGUUUGUCAUUUUUGCCGAUCACAUUUAACAAGAAACUCAAUAUUUAUUUCUCACCAACUCAUGUCAACUGUCAGAGGGUCACUGUUUUAUAGACCUUAUUUAAAAUGAGCUUGCUGUGUUUUGCCCUUCCCACAUCUGUAACUCAAAUAUACCAAUUUUAACAUCAUUAAAAGACACUGAUUAAAUUCA